AUGGCGGGGCAGGACCCCUGGCCCGACCACAGCAUCUGCACCAACAGCCUGAAGGAGAAGAUCCAGAAGGACGCUGGGGGGGCUGAGAAGCUGGAGCAGUCCCUGGGCGCCAUUUUCUGGCCCUUUGGGCAGAUUUUGGACAUUUUGGUGCGGCGCAGUCUCCGCCUGCGGGGCCAGGCCUUCGUCCCCUCCGAGGAGAUGAGCAGUGGCACCAACGCCCCGCGCUCCCUGCAGGGCUUCCCCUUCCACGCUGUGGGAAAAGCCCCGAAGCACAUCCUGUUCCUGCCCCAGCUCCCUGACGAGCCCAAGGAGCUGAUGCUCUCCAUGCUCUGCACCCAGGUCCCGGUUCCAGGAGCUGCGCUGGUGCCCGGGCGCCGCGACAUCGCCUGGCUGCAUUUGGACACCGAGGUGCAGGCGGGCGCCGCCCGCGAGGCCCUGCAGGGCUGCAGCAUCACCCAGAGCAGCGCCAGGAAGAUCUCCUGCGCCAAAAGGUGA